CUAUCGGCUAUCGCAGAUCGAUUGGCCGGCGACCAGAGCUGAGAGCCGCCGCAGCCAGCGUCCCAACCAACCGCCUUUACUCCGCUCCGCGAGACCCUGCAACCUUGCUAAUAUAUAAGGAAACCCGUCUCCAGCCGCAGAGCAGCACCCAGCGAGCUAGCUUGGUCGGACUAGCUAGCUAUAGUGUCUCUUGAGCUAGCAGCGAUGGGGACGAAGCGCGUGUGGGCGGCGGGGUUCGCCGCGCUUGCCGUGCUGGUCGCUCUUGGUGUGACCACCACCAGCAUUGCCGAGGCUCGCACCUUGGACAGGGACGGCUUGCUGGGCGGCGGAGCCGGAGCCGGAGCAGGCUUUGGUGCUGGCCUUGGUCUCGGAGGAGGAGGAGGAGCAGGCUUCGGCGGAGGUAUCGGUCAUGGUGGUGGCCUUGGAGGUGGGUUCGGUGGAGGCAAGGGCGGCGGCUUGGGUGGAGGAGGUGGCGCAGGUGCUGGUUUUGGUGGGGGAGCUGGUCAUGGUGGUGGGUUUGGAGGUGGAAAAGGUGGUGGACUUGGAGGCGGCUUUGGAGGUGGAAAAGGUGGCGGUUUCGGUGGAGGUGGCGGAGCAGGAGGUGGUGCCGGUGGUGGCUUUGGAGGUGGCGCGGGCGGAGGAGGUGGGCUAGGCGGUGGCAUAGGAGGAGGUGGACUUGGAGGUGGAAAAGAUGUCGGCUUCGGUGGAGGCGGCAGAGCAGGAGGUGGUGCAAGUGGUGGCUUUGGAGGUGGCGUGGGCGGAGGAGGUGGGCUAGGCGGUGGCAUAGGAGGAGGUGGCACCGGUGGAGGAGGUGGAGUUGAGGUGGAAAAGGUGGCGGCUUCGGUGGAGGCGGCGGAGCAGGAGGUGGUGCCGGUAGUGGCUUUGGAGGUGGCACAAGCGGAGGAGGUGGACUAGGCGGUGGCACGGGAGGUGGUGCUGGUGCAGGUCUUGGAAGUGGGAUUGGCAGAGGAGGCGGACUUGGAGGUGGUUUUGGAGGUGGAAAAGGUGGCGGCUUUGGUGGAGGCGGCGGAGCAGGAGGUGGUGCCAGUGGUGGCUUUGGAGGUGGCGCGGGCGGAGGAGGUGGGCUAGGCGGUGGCAUAGGAGGAGGUGGCACCAGUGGAGGAGGUGGAGUUGGAGGUGGAAAAGGUGGCGGCUUCGGUGGAGGCGGCGGAGCAAGAGGUGGUGCCAGUGGUGGCUUUGGAGGUGGCGCGGGUGGAGGAGGUGGGCUAGGCGGUGGCAUAGGAGGAGGUGGCACCGGUGGAGGAGGUGGAAAAGGUGACGGCUUCGGUGGAGGCGGCGGAGUAGGAGGUGGUGCUGGUGGUGGCUUUGGAGGUGGCACGAGCGGAGGAGGUAGACUAGGCGGUGGCACAGGAGGUGGUGCUGGUGCAGGUCUUGGAGGUGGGACUGGCGGAGGAUGCGGACUUGGAGGCGGUUUUGGAGGUGGAAAAGGUGGCGGCUUCGGUGGAGGCGGCGGAGCAGGAGGUGGUGCCAGUGGUGGCUUUGGAGGUGGCGCGGGCAGAGGAGGUGGGCUAGGCGGUGGCAUAGGAGGAGGUGGAGUUGGAGGUGGAAAAGGUGGUGGCUUCGGUGGAGGUGGCGGAGCAGGAGGUGGUGCCGGUGGUGGCUUUGAGGUGGCACGAGCGGAGGAGGUGGGCUAGGCGGUGGCACAGGAGGUGGUGCUGGUGUAGGUCUUGGAGGAGGCGCAGGAGGAGGCAUGGGGCUUGGAGGUGGCGUGGGAGGAGGUGCCAGUAGAGGCGGUGGCCUUGGAGGUGGUGUCGGUAUAGGUGGCGGGCUUGGUGGUUUUGGAGGAGGUAAGGGUGGUGGUUUCGGCGGCGGCAAAGAUGGAGGCUUUGGUGGUGGACUUGGUGGAGGUGGAGGUGCAAGUGGUGGUGAUGGUGGCAACUUUGGAGGAGGUAAUGGUGGUGGUUUCGGUGGCGGCAAUGGUGGUGUUUUCGGUGGUGGAGUAGGCAGAGGCGCGGGUGGUGGGCUCGGAGGAGGUAAAGGUGGCGGAUUUGGCUCAGGCGUGGGUGGCGGAGCAGGCGGUGGGUUUGGUAGUGGUGGUGGUGCACGCGGAGGCUUCGGUGGUGGAGCAGGUGUCAGAGGUGUUGGUGGUGGUAUCGGUGGUGGACAUUAAGUCUUGUCGAGAUCACAAGAAACCGAACUCACAUACAUGAGCAAUACUCCAUCCGUUCUAAAUUAUUAGUGAUUUUAGGUUAUCUAAAUAUAUAGAUUUUACUAUGCAUAAUAUAUAUAUUUAGGUGUAUAACAAAAUUUAUGCACCUAGGAAAGCUAGAACGACUAAAAUUUGGAACGGAGGAGUAGAUUUUGGUACGAAUUGAGGGUCGAAGUUACUGUACCAAUGAACUUCUAUUUUCACAAGGCUAAGAGUGAAUAAUUCAGUAUAUAAAUAUACUCGUAUGUGUAGUAAGUGCCUUUGUUGUUUUGGAGGCUCGAGAGAGAUCUCCACCUUGACUAUCCACUCAUGGACUUAUCAAAA